CUGUACCACACAGACUAUCACUCUGACAGGGCUCAGUGUAGGCGGGACACUCACUGUCAGCUCGGCUGUUAGACAUUAAUUACUUAAAAAUAUAUGUACAUAUCUGUCCGUCGUAACCAUAGACGAUACAAAGGACACGUAACCAUUGCAGGCAACUCGCUCUAAUCGUUCGCUUUCAAUUUGGGCAACAUUCGCCGGCUAAUUUAGCGAGAUAAAUAGUUGCUAGCUGCUGUAUUCUUCUCACAGUUGUGUGGUAUUUUAGAUCUACGGACUUUAACAUUGACAUUAACAGAGGAUGCUGGAGUCCAUUAAAGUGACAGAAAGACUCCACUGGCCAGAAGUAGAAAUGUCCAAAAAGUACAUCUUAAACUCUGCCGACAAGGCAGUGAGUCCAAGCCAAGUAUACCUGGAGAAGAUUUCUUCCAGUGUCCUCAAAGACCUUUACAGCACUGGCUCCAACAGCUACAAUGUCCUGCUGCAGGCUGAGGAAGAGGAGAAGAAGACUCAGAAGCAGUCCCCUUACAGGAGGCCAAAAACAUCAGUUAAAUGUGGCGCCACAUUGAGUAGAAGAAACCAUCCAGGCAUGGCUCCUAAAAAGUUCCGUGCACCAGAAGGGGGCUGUAAACCUGCACAGACCAAUCGUGUUCCCUCAGGCAACUCCAAUCUCUCUAAACCAGCGCGGAACAUGGCAGUAGUAGGCAGCACCGUGGGUCUCACUCCUCGGAAAGUUCCACAGCUUAGAAAGACAUGUAUCAUCAAUUCCCCUCGCACAAAACUGCCCUCAUUGUACAAAGCUGCAAUCACACGGGAAGUGGAAAAUGCCAAGAAGCUCUGCAUCCUUACAGCCAUCAAGCCAUCUAAUGUUGAGAGAGAGAAGGCCAAGUUUUUCAAGUCUGACUUCAACUAUGAUCCACAGUUUGAGUACAGCAACCCAGUUUCUCCACUUGUCCUGGCACGGCAUAACACUGCAUCUGAUCGCUUCCUGACACAGGCAGUGAACAUUAUGGAGCUUGCCCUGCAGCGAUAUGGCAGCUAUGAGAAGUUUGAGCAGGCAACUGGCGGCAACCUCCUUACCAAGAGUCGCAUCUGGCACAACGUCAAGAAAUACAUGGAGAAGGAAGGCUGCUUGGGGGAGAUUGUGGUCCAGGUUACAGACGACCUCCUGUCCAGAGCCUCCAUGACGGUGGUGAACAGCAGACCUACACUGACCAUCAACACGUCCACUGCCCGAGAGCACUGGUUGGAAGGCAUGCUGAGGCACGAGAUUGGCACACAUUAUUUCCGUGGCAUCAACAACUGCCACCAGCCAUGGAGCAGCAGCGUGGGCAGGAAGAAGCACAACCUGAAACCUCUGAACCCAACAGAGGAGGGCUUGGCCAGCAUCCACAGUGUGCUGUUCAGGAAAGACCCCACUCUGUGGCGUGCUGCACUGCUCUACUACACUGUCUACCAGGCCAGCCACAUGUCCUUCUCUCAGCUCUUCCACAGUCUGGGAUGCUUUGUCCAGGACCCCAACACCCGCUGGGACUACUGCGUCCGUGCCAAGAGGGGCCAGACCGAUACAGCACAGCCAGGGUGCUUCAGUAAAGACCAGGUCUACCUAGAUGGUAUCCUGAAGAUCCUGAGAUACAGAGACAAGAUCAACUUCCCACUGCUGAUGGCUCUCGGAAAGGUGUCAUUUGAAGACGUGGACCGUCUGAAAGCACUGGCUCGGAUGGAAAACAUCCGCAUCCCACACUUCAUGCAGGACCAGGCAAAGUAUGCUGAGCAGCUGGUGAAAAUAAUGGCGGUCAACCAACUGACCGACGAGGAGCUCAAGACCAUCAUCUGAGCCCACUCCGCUUCCCUAAAUAAAACCUGUCCCACCACUGCCAGCCAUGGUCCGCAUGCCUCAACACUGUCAUCGUUCACGGUAGCAGAAAUAGUGCAGCAUGCUGUAUUGCAUGCAGUGUAGAGUUAAAUUUAACAUUGGCUUUGAAGUAAAAAAACAUUUUUUCCACGAAAUCAUCAGUGUGUUGUGUUUAGGGCUGGAUGUAGUCAAUUUUCUUUGCCAGUGCCAAUACAAAACCUGGAUUGCUGAUCAAUACAAAAAUGAAUUGGAAAAUAAUUUGUAUUUUCCAACCACAAGGUGCCAAUUUUUAUUUUACAGUCUCCGAUUUUGGUUGGAUUUUCAGUCUUAGGUUUGGAAGGAUUUUCAUAAAUAUCUGUUCCAUAGCUAAUGGUUUUUGAAAGACUAAUAUGCCAUGACAACCUAAAUUAUAGCCUGAUUGAUAGUGGAUUUUUAAAGGAUUAAUUUAUCUUUGAGACUUAACAAUAUUGUUUUAUUUGUUAUAAAACAAGAUCUGACGCACCACAUGAAAAACUGAUAAGGAUCCCUGAAAAUUUACAGUUAAAUAAUAUAUUUUACAGUUAAAUUAUGCAAUUGUCAGUGCUAUAUGAUGGCCAAACUAUGUAAUGGUUUCUAAAGACAUCAAUUUCUUGUUAUUUUUCAAAGCAUCCUUAAAAUGUGGGGAAACAGGCUGAUGAUGAUGGACAGAUGAUGCCUUGUACUAGUUCGGAAAAUGCACUCUGACACAUUGCAUGGCCUGUUGUAAUAAGACUAUUAUGUUUCUCUUUGCUAACGUAAUAUGGUGCAAACCAGGAAAGAUUUUGGAAAUUACACAAGAUGGAAAAUUGCAACUUCCUUACAGUAAUAUUAGCUUAUUACCAAGGUUAUUAUAGUUAACGAAAACUAACGAAAUAACGAAAACUAGAAUUGAAAAAACAUUUUCAUUAACUGAAAUAAAAAUAAGACAAGAGUUUUAAAAAAAACGAUAUCUCUCUUGAAACUGUAUUAUGUUGUUAUAAAACUAACUAAAACUAACUAAAAUUAUAGUGAAAAUGUCCUUAGUUUUCGUCUUUGUCAACUUUUUUCAUACAUAAACCUUUUUGGUUGAUAUGAAAUCUAUUUCAUCUAUCUGGUUUUAUGACUUAAUAAACUUAUUGGGGCUGAGAAGGAUCAGACAAAGGAAAUAUAGGAAACAUUUAUUGUGACCUUAUUGAAUCUGGCAAUCAACAAAUAACCUAUUACAAAAAAACUAAAACUAAUAAAAACUAAACUAAAACUAGCAAACUCACUCUAAAAACUCAUUAAAACUAACUGAAUUUGAAAGCAAAAAAUCACAACGAAAUUAAAAUUAAAACUAAUGAAAACUCCAAAACUAUUAUAACCUUGGUUAUUACUUGGUGAGGCAACAGUCACCAUGAAUAUUAACUUUAUUAACAUUAAGAUUUAAACUUCAAAUUACCUACUAAGUUGAAUUUAUUCCAGUAUGAUUUACCCUAAAACCGAUGUAUCUGUGAUCAACUAAAUUGACUAAAUAGGUCAUCCAGUAA